UGCGCGGCGGUCGUUCGAGGCGGCUGGGAGCAGAGCGGAGCCGCCGGGGCCUCGCCAGGGCCGCAGCGGCAGCAGUUGGGCCCCCCGCCCCGGCCGGCGGCCCAGAGAACGCAGGAAGGGGGCCGGGGGGACCCGCCCCCGGCCGGCCGCAGUCAUGAACUCCAACGUGGAGAACCUGCCCCCCCACAUCAUCCGCCUGGUGUACAAGGAGGUGACAACGCUGACCACAGACCCCCCUGAUGGCAUAAAGGUCUUUCCCAAUGAAGAAGACCUCACUGACCUGCAGGUCACCAUCGAGGGCCCUGAGGGGACCCCUUAUGCUGGAGGCCUGUUCCGCAUGAAACUCCUGCUGGGGAAGGACUUUCCUGCCUCCCCGCCCAAGGGCUACUUCCUGACCAAGAUCUUCCAUCCGAAUGUGGGCGCCAACGGUGAGAUCUGCGUCAACGUGCUCAAGAGGGACUGGACGGCUGAGCUGGGCAUCCGGCAUGUGCUGCUGACCAUCAAGUGCCUGCUGAUCCACCCCAACCCCGAGUCUGCCCUCAACGAGGAGGCCGGCCGCCUGCUCUUGGAGAACUACGAGGAAUACGCGGCCCGCGCCCGCCUGCUCACGGAGAUCCAUGGGGGUGCUGGUGGGCCCAGCGGUGGGAGGCCUGAGGCCAGCCGGUCCCUGGCCAGUGCAGCCUCGGCCUCCUCCACUGACCCUGUGGCACCUGGGGGCCCAGGAGGGGCUGAGGGGCCUAUGGCCAAGAAGCAUGCAGGUGAGCGCAACAAGAAGCUGGCGGCCAAGAAGAAGACGGACAAGAAGCGGGCUCUGCGGCGGCUGUAGUGGGCUCUUCCCUCCCCACACCUGCCCGACCCUCAACUCUGUCUCUAAGUUAUUUAAGUUAUGGCUGGGGUGGGGGAGGGUGUGGGGCACUGGGACCUGGAUUUGUUUUUCUAAAUAAAGUUGGAAAAGCAA